GGCAUAGAUUCAAUGUCAUAUAAUGUUCUAGAAUCAGUGCACUAAAUCACUGAGCUGUAUGUACAACAAGGUGGCUUUGGCUACAGGAAGGACUUCUGAUACAGUAGUGGGAAACUUAAAGAGACAAAGUCAGUAGACAAGAUUUCUGAGCCAGAAUUCUUUACUUCAUCCUUUCUAUUUGAAAGAUUGAUUAAUCUGAGUAACUGGCCAUUCUCCAUAAUUGUCACACUGAGUUCCUGUGUGGGCAAUUUCUUUUUUAUAUCAUCUGCCAAGUAUACCUGGGGUAAGUGUGGACACUGACUCAGCUAUUGGACGGUGACUUCAUAACUCAUAUUUUAUGUCUGUAGAAACAAAACAUGCUCUCCUACUGAAAUGAAAAGACAAAAUCAAAGUUCUGUGGUUGAGUUCAUCCUCUUGGGCUUUUCAAACUUUCCUGAACUCCAAGAACAACUCUUUGGGGUUUUCUUGGUUGUUUACCUGGUGACCCUGAUAGGAAAUGCCAUGAUCAUAGUCAUCAUCUCCCUGGAACAGAGCCUCCAUGUUCCCCUGUAUCUAUUCCUCCUGAACUUGUCUGUGGUGGACGUAAGUUUCAGUGCAGUCAUUAUGCCUGAAAUGCUGGUGGUUCUCUCCACUGAGAAAGCGUCGAUUUCAUUUGUGAGUUGUUUUGCACAAAUGUAUUUCAUUCUUCUUUUUGGUGGGACUGAAUGCUUUCUCCUGGGGACAAUGGCUUAUGACAGAUUUGCUGCAAUCUGUCAUCCUCUGAGCUACCCAAUGAUUAUGAACAAGAGCAUUUUCAUGAAAUUAGUAAUGUUCUCAUGGGUCUCAGGAAUCAUGGUGGCUACUAUGCAAACAUCAUGGGUGUUUAGUUUUCCCUUCUGUGGCCCCAAUGAAAUUAGUCAUAUCUCUUGUGAAACCCCAGCAGUGCUAGAGCUUGUGUGUGCAGACACGUUUUGGUUUGAAAUUUAUGCAUUCAUUGGCACCCUUUUGAUUAUUAUGGUUCCUUUCUUUCUGAUACUCCUGUCUUACAUUCGAAUCCUCUUUGCCAUCCUGAAGAUGCCAUCAACCACUGGCAGGCAGAAGGCCUUUUCCACCUGUGCCUCCCAUCUCACAUCUGUUACCCUCUUCUAUGGCACAGCCAGUAUGACCUAUUUACAACCCAAAUCUGGCUACUCCCCAGAAACCAAGAAACUGAUGUCACUGGCUUACUCACUUCUUACGCCUCUGCUGAAUCCACUGAUCUACAGCUUGCGAAACAGUGAGAUGAAAAGAGCUUUGAUGAAGUUAUGGCGAAGAAAAGUAGACUUACACUCUCUCUGACUGUGCUGGGAAGGCAUGAAAUAUUUAUUUGGUCAGUGUUUGGUGAACUCUUUUGAAUUUAAUAAACAGUGUAAAAGUUUGCAUCUCUUGGCAUGGAUAUGCUUAACUUUUUGAGUUCUCCAAAUCUGCUAAUAAGUAGGGUUAUCUAUAUACAUGUUUUUUUCAUAGAUGCAUUAUAUUCCUGCAUAUUGGGUAUAACACGGUUUCUUCAAAAUACUGUUUAUUGGAAGCCAUACAGGUGUUUGUUAGAUUUUUGUACCUUCAGAGUAUGCUAAAUAAAAAACCUAGUUUUAUACAUU